AUGAUUUCCGCUCAACUAUUCUUCUUGGUGCUUUUAAUUGCAUGCUUGCUCGCUUUUGCCAAUGCCCAAUGGGGAUAUGGAUACCGCCCAUAUGGAUACGGAGGUUAUGGUGGAUACGGAGGAUGGGGACACCACCACCAUCACCACGGAGGAUGGGGACGUCCAUGGGGAUACAGACCAUAUGGAUGGGGAUGGGGAAAAUAG